AUGACUGAAGAUGAUUUCUUGGAAUUAGAUGGCGAAUCAUUGGAGUCCAGUAUGAUUGACAGAAAACAAAUUGAAUAUACAGAUAAUGAUUUCGACUUAAUAUCAUUUGAUAGGAAAGUUUUAGACAAAGAACGGCAAAAUUUAUCACGUGACGAUAUAAUUAAAAUAAUACAGUCCGAAUCACCCGAACUUAUUGAGUUAUUAAACGAGUUUGAGGAAAAAUCCUCUAUACUACGGAAUACGGUAACACCUUUGUUAGAAAAGGCUAGACAAAAAAAUCUUAUACAUAAUCCGGCCAUGAAGUUUAUAUCAAUAAAACAUCAAACAUUAGUUCACUAUUUAAUAAAUAUUUCUUUUUAUCUGGCACUUAAAUCUUUUGGAACACAACAUUUACGCGAACAUCCGGUGAUAGAUGCACUAGUAAAAUUGAACAAGACUUUAGAAGCUAAAAACGCUGCAAAAGAGCAGCGUAAGGAACAGUUUGAAAUGGAACAUAGUAAAAAUAAAGUUGUUUAUGAAGAUAUUAUUCCUGAAGGUGCAAAACGCCAAAUUAAUUAUCAGAUUCUCAAGAAUAAAGGACUCACACCUCAUCGUAAAAAAGAGCAGCGAAAUCCACGCGUUAAACAUAGAAAUAAGUAUGAGAAAGCAAGGAAGAAAAUCAAAAGUAUUAAACGUGUAAUUUCACAGCAAGAGGGAUCUUAUGGUGGCGAAAAAACCGGUAUCAAGACUGGAUUGUCUAGGAGUAUUAAUAAUAAUUCGCCGCAAUUUCUUAUGACAAUGAGAAAUAUAAUAAUCUUUUGA